GUCUCUCGCUCUCGCGGCGCUGUAUGUGUUUCUCCCGCUCGGGCUCUUUGUGAACGAAAAAAAAUGUCCCGGGGAUCGAGCGCCGGUUUCGACCGUCACAUCACCAUCUUCUCUCCGGAGGGCAGGUUAUACCAAGUAGAAUAUGCUUUUAAGGCUAUAAACCAAGGUGGCCUCACUUCAGUUGCUGUCCGCGGAAAGGACUGUGCUGUGAUAGUGACACAGAAGAAAGUGCCGGAUAAGUUGCUGGAUGCCAACACAGUCACUCACCUGUUCAGAAUAACUGAAAAAAUAGGAUGUGUAAUGACAGGGAUGACAGCUGACAGCAGGUCCCAGGUUCAGAGAGCCCGCUACGAAGCUGCAAACUGGAAGUACAAGUACGGUUAUGAGAUCCCAGUGGACAUGCUGUGCAAACGGAUUGCCGAUAUUUCCCAGGUGUACACGCAGAACGCUGAAAUGAGACCACUCGGAUGUUGUAUGAUCCUGGUUGGUGUUGAUGAAGAGCUCGGCCCUCAGGUUUACAAGUGUGACCCAGCCGGUUACUACUGCGGUUUCAAGGCCACCGCUGCAGGGGUCAAACAGACAGAAGCCACCAGCUUCUUGGAAAAGAAAGUGAAGAAAAAACUUGACUGGACAUAUGACCAAACUGUUGAGACUGCAAUAACCUGCCUUUCCACGGUGCUGUCCAUUGAUUUCAAGCCCAGUGAAAUAGAAAUCGGAGUGGUAUCCGUGGAUAACCCUAAAUUUAGGAUUCUUACAGAAACUGAAACGGACGUACAUCUGGUGGCUCUAGCAGAGAGAGACUGAAACUCUCAUUUGUUUAAGAACCCAGGUUUGUUAUGUAAAGACGAUGUUGGUGGGAAAACUAGAUUGCAGUCGUAGAACGUCCAAUAAACACUGUAUUUUACUCUAUUCAAUAAAGCGGAGGUUU